GCAGACUUUGGCAGAAUCCAUCCAAGAUGGAGAAGUACGAGAAAAUUAAAGUGGUCGGCAGAGGAGCGUUUGGGAUUGUGCAUCUUUGCCGUCGCCGAUCUGAUGGUGCUUUGGUGAUUCUGAAGGAAAUCCCAGUGGAGCAGAUGACCAGGGAUGAGCGUCUUGCCGCACAGAAUGAGUGCCAGGUUCUGAAGUUACUCAACCACCCGAACAUCAUCGAGUAUUAUGAAAAUUUCCUGGAGGAUAAGGCGCUCAUGAUCGCGAUGGAAUAUGCACCAGGAGGAACUCUUGCUGAUUACAUCCAGAAGCGAUGCAAUUCCCUGCUGGAUGAAGACACCAUACUGCAUUUCUUUGUGCAGAUCUUACUGGCCCUUUACCACGUGCACAACAAACUUAUCCUUCAUCGAGAUCUUAAAACUCAGAACAUUCUUCUCGACAAGCACCAGAUGAUAGUCAAGAUAGGAGACUUUGGGAUCUCCAAGAUUCUAGUUAGCAAGAGCAAAGCUUACACUGUGGUUGGUACACCUUGUUACAUCUCGCCUGAACUGUGCGAAGGAAAACCGUACAACCAGAAGAGUGAUAUUUGGGCUUUAGGCUGUGUGCUCUAUGAACUCGCAAGCCUCAAAAGGGCCUUUGAGGCAGCUAACCUCCCAGCAUUAGUCCUAAAAAUCAUGAGUGGUACUUUCGCCCCGAUUUCAGACCGCUACAGCCCCGAGCUGCGACAGCUCAUCCUCAACAUGCUUAACCUGGACCCGUCCAAAAGACCCCAGCUCAAUGAGAUCAUGGCCAAUCCUAUCUGCAUCCGGCCUCUGCUUAACCUCUACACUGACAUCGGCAAUGUCCGAAUGCGCAGAAUUGAAAAGCCACUGCCCAGCAUGCAGACAGGUGCUCAUGGCAGACCAGGAAGCCAUGUGACUGGAACCAGAACAAGGGGUGGGUUGUCAAGCUUAAUUUCAACCAAAAUGAUGCACUCUCUGCCCUUAUCAUCUGUGUAUACAUGGGGGAGUGGAAUCUCCACGCCUCUCCGCUUGCCCAUGCUCAACACUGAGGUUCUGCAGGUUUCCCUGGGACGCACACAAAAGAUGGGGGUCACCAAAUCAGGACGCCUCAUUACCUGGGAGGCUCCCACUGUGGGCUGUGGCGAGGCUUCUCUACCUGGUGCUCUGGAGCAGAUGCAGCCCCAGUUCAUCUCCCGGUUCCUAGAGGGGCAGUCUGGCGUCACCAUCAAAUCUGUCUCCUGUGGAGACCUUUUUACAACCUGUUUGACGGACAGAGGCAUAAUUAUGACUUUCGGAAGUGGAAGCAAUGGGUGUCUUGGACAUGGAAAUUGCAACGACAUAACACAAGUAAAUGUUUCCUAUAGCUUCUUGAUAUUCAGUGCUAAAUGGUGGGGAGGUUCAGCAUUAGCAUUUAAGAAGACCAAAAUAGUGGAGGCUCUCCUGGGCUAUGAGCUGGUUCAGGUGUCCUGUGGUGCCUCCCAUGUGCUGGCUGUGACCAGUGAGAGGGAGGUUUUCUCCUGGGGUCGAGGAGACAAUGGACGUCUUGGACUGGACACCCAGGAUACCCACAAUGCCCCACAGCAGGUGAAUAUCCCCGUAGAUUUUGAGGCGCAGCGAGUUUUGUGUGGGGUUGACUGCUCCAUGAUCAUAAGCACUCAACACCAGAUCCUGGCAUGUGGAAGCAACAGGUUUAACAAGCUGGGCCUGGAUACAAUCAGUGGGACAGAGGAACCCCCCUUAUGUUGUCAGGUAGAAGAGGUCCAUACGUUCCAGCCUGUUUGCUCGUCCCCAAUGAACCUUGAUAAAAUUCUGCAUAUUGACAUUGGAACGGCCCACUCUGCCUCAGUCACAGAGAAAGGUCAGUGUUUCACAUUUGGUAGUAACCAGCAUGGGCAGCUUGGCUGCAGCUCUCGCCGCCACAGCAGAGUGCCCUUCCAGGUGCCAGGGCUGCACGGCAUCACCACGGUAGCGUGUGGAGACGCGUUCACUCUGGCUAUAGGUGCAGAAGGUGAGGUGUAUACCUGGGGGAAAGGAGCCCGUGGGCGCCUCGGAAGAAAAGAAGAGGAUUCUGGGAUACCAAAGGCAGUGCAGCUUGAUGAGAGUCACCCAUUCACAGUUACAUCAGUGGCUUGUUGCCAUGGCAACACACUCUUGGCUGUGAAACCUUUUUUUGAAGAUCCUGUCCCAAAGUGACUGUUAAAUCUCAGCUGCAUCUGCAAGAGAACAGACAGACCACUUCUUCUGAAAAACUUUCAUAAACAUUUGGAGCAGUUAAUGACUAGUAUUUUUGAAGGCUUGGCAGGAAGUGGACUGCCAAAGAAUGUCAAGGCAUUCCGAUCCUUAAUGGAAAGUGCAAUAAUGUCUUAGGUAUUAUUCACAUGGAUUAUGAAGGAUUAUGGAUUUAUAUAUUCCAUUGAAAUUAUUUAUAGUGCGUUUUACACUCGAGGGCAAUAUCGUUGAUGAAUGCUGCUUUCGCUCUAAGUUUGUCAUUUUGCUGCUAUACAAUUCCAUUAUAAUUAUGUAACACACACACACACACACACACACACACACACACAGGAAGUCAAACAGGUUCUGUAGGAUUAUCCUAACACAAUGACAGAUUUGACACACAACGCCGCUGGCUGCCAAAGAGAAUCAGAGCAGUGUUACAGAGUUACAAUGCUAUGAUAUAUAAUUUUUCAAAUAUUUUUUGUAUGUUGAAAGAUUGACGAGGUUAAAAAUAAAUGUUUUCACAUACGUGGA